AUGGACACAGACACAGGCAUGCACCAAAAACCAACACAACAACCAACACAACAACCAACAGUUCAAAACACUGCACCACAACCAACAGUUCAAAACACUGCACCACAACCAACAGUUCAAAACACUGCACCACAACCAACAGUUCAAAACACUGCACCACAACCAACAGUUCAAAACACUGCACAGCAACAACCACAAACAGAGCAAGGACAUAAAAGAAGUAGAGAACAAGGAAACCAAGAAUUCUUAAAAAUGCUUAAGGAAAAUUAUGGUUACCCAGAUACUCUUGACUUUAGUGACAGAUAUAAAGAAGCUAUUAGAAAGUUCAAGGAAGGAAAUACUGACCCGAACCUAUUUAGCUUUAUGGUUCAGCACCAAAUGGGAUAUAAUUUCAAACCUGGAAAAUACAAGCUCGCUAAGGGAUAUGAUUUAAUAGCAUAUCAUCCAAAUGACAUGACUGAAUUUACUCCGAGAUAUUUGGUGUCAGAGAUAAAUGAUAAUUCAACUAUCUUCAUGAAACGCGUAAAAAAUAGAGACGGAACGAAAGAAGAAAGGGUUAUGAAUGCGGAUGACUUAAAUAGGGAACUUUUUAAAAACGGUCUCGGAAUAUAUGAAAUGCCAGCAGAUGAGGUACAAGAAACUCCACAGGAAGAAGUUCAGAUACAACCAGACAUGGAAGAAAUAGUUCAGCAACAACAGCUAGAAGAGCCUGAAGGAAACAAACAAGUCCCUCCUUUGGAAACUAACUUCACAGAACUAGAUGAAGAUUUGGAACAGCCGAAAAAUCUUGACCCUCAACAAGAGUAUGCGGAGAAUAUGGAAUCUUUCCAAGAGUCUAA